AUGACUCCAGAAUGGUUCCCCGAUAAGUCCAGGGUUUCAACCUUCCAGUUCUCCAGCGAGCCGGAGCAACCUUCCAGUUCUCCAGCGGCCCGGAGCAACCUUCCAGUUCUCCAGCGACCAAGAGCAACCUUCCAGUUCUCCAGCGACCCGGAACAACCUUCCAGUUCUCCAGCGACCUGGAGCAACCUUCCAGUUCUCCAGCGAGCCGGAGCAACCUUCCAGUUCUCCAACAACACGGAGCAACCUUCCAGUUCUCCAGCGACCCGGAGCAACUUUCCAGUUCUCCAGCGGCCCGGAGCAACCUUCCAGUUCUCCAACGGCCCGGAGCAACCUUCCAGUUCUCCAGCGGCCCGGAGCAACCUUCCAGUUCUCCAGCGGCCCGGAGCAACCUUCCAGUUCUCCAGCGACCAAGAGCAACCUUCCAGUUCUCCAGCGACCCGGAGCAACCUCCCAGUUCUCCAGCGACCUGGAGCAACCUUCCAGUUCUCCAGCGAGCCGGAGCAACCUUCCAGUUCUCCAACAACACGGAGCAACCUUCCAGUUCUCCGCGACCCGGAGCAACCUUCCAGUUCUCCAGCGGCCCGGAGCAACCUUCCAGUUCUCCAGCGGCCCGGAGCAACCUUCCAGUUCUCCAGCGGCCCGGAGCAACCUUCCAGUUCUCCAGCGGCCCGGAGCAACCUUCCAGUUUCUCAGCGGCCCGGAGCAACCUUCCAGUUCUCCAGCGGCCCGGAGCAACCUUCCAGUUCUCCAGCGGCCCGGAGCAACCUUCCAGUUCUCCAGCGACCCGAAGCAACCUUCCAAAGGGGAAAUUUUAAAUACAUUCCCAACACACUCUCACCCGUUGAAGAACUGGGCCCAAAUGUACGACCUUUCUUUUCUCGUUUAAAGUUUUUUACCGCAAUCUUUCAUCUGUCGCCCUAG